GCGGGAGCUGCGCACGCGCCGUAGUCUCUCUCCGUUGCAUGCAGGGAUACUGGAGGACCAAGAUGGCGGGAGCUUGGAGGAGCUGUGGCUGGGGUGGAGGCAUUUGGAGCUGCUGCCUGGCCAAGCUGGGGGCCCGUGCCCCCGUCACCAUCCUGCCAGUCCACCGUAGCGUGACCAUAGGUCCACGACACACCGUACAAUCCAUCCACUGUAACCAUGGCAACAGACCGGUGUUACGGUCCGAAGAGGCUCCAGGAAAGUCAAUCCCACAGCGUCCAGAGUACAUUCCACAACGGAGAGCCAAGAAUCCAAUGGGAAAGAUUGGCCUGGCCUGGUUAAUCGGUUUGCCAUCUGGCAUCAUCACCUUUCUCCUUGCUAAACGGGAGGUGGAUAAGAACCGUCUGAAACAGUUGAAGAUCAGGCAGAGGAUGAAGAAUGCCAACGAGGGUGGGUACCAGAGUGAACGAUACCAACCCAAGCUGGAGGGACACGAGCAGCCCAUCAUCACCUCACAAAGUAAACCAUAGAUUCCCGGCCAGUGGCUCAAAUCCCCAGCACCUCUCAUUUCCCACACCCUGAGGGAGGCUGCCAGCUUUCUGUCUCUCCCACUCUCAAAAGACUGAAGGAACUCAGUGAAUGAACUGUCAGUUGGGGACUUAGUUCCUUCAACAUAUUCCUGAUGGUGGCGGUGCUGGGGUGGAAGGGAAAAGUUCACUUUUGCAUUGACCUAGUGUCUGAUUAUCAGACGACCUGAUUUCUGUGUAAGUGUGCAGGAAGACAGCUCUGUAACUUUGAUGGUAGUAUACUGCUUGUAGUGUCAUCACUGUUGAUAUUCUGAGAUUUCACUUUGUUUUCUGUUGCAUAACUGUAAUAAAAGUGUACAGUAUAUGAUUCUUA